AUGCGGCUUCAAGCGGCGCUUUUUGUAGCUGCGUGCGUGUCGCCCGCAGCGGCCAUCUACACCGACGAAGUCAAUCACAUUGACUUCCACCACGCGCUGCUCGGUGCCCCCUCCCCCGAUUCGACCUUCUUCCUCAGGCCCUCUACCUCCUCCAAUGCAUCCCUCCUCUACACCAUCUCCGAAAAGUCGAUCCUCGGUGCUGUCAACCCCCGAGAUGGCUCAUUAGUCUGGCGACAGGACCUCUCACGGUCGGCCUCUGAGCUGACUGGCGGAGCUGGUAUUCUGCGUGGCCUCGAUGGGAACAACGCUGUUGUCGGCGCGGCCGGCGACUACAUUUCGUCAUGGAGUGCUCAGGAUGGAAAGCUGGUCUGGGAAAACAAGCUCGCCGAUGAAUCAAUCGCGGAUCUUGAGCUCCUGGAGUUGGAGGAUGCCAGUGCGACAUCCAGCGUCCGCGAUACGCUUGCGCUCGUCAGCAAUGGCGGCGCCGGUGUUGUGAGGCGGCUGGACGGUGACUCUGGAAAGACCAAGUGGGAAUACAAGGACGACAGCGGCGAUACCCCGUUCCAGGUGUCAUCUUCCUCCACUAAUGUCUUCUACAUCUCCCUCCAGUCCUCAAUUUUAAAAGGCUACAAGAUCAAGGUCACCUCUCUGGAUUCUUUGACUGGUCGUCAGACUAGCCAUCAUACCUUGAGCUCGGAUGCCGAUGUCACCGGCCCGGAAUCCGUUCUGUUUGUGGGCGCCAACUCCGCAUCGCCUUUGAUUGUAUGGACAGACAAGUCAUUGAAGUCACUCAAGGUCAAUGUCAUUGGCUCUAAACAGGUCAACACGGUUGCCAUCGACAACGUCUCGGGCCAGGAGAUCGAGCAGAUCACUGUGCACGCCGCUCAUAAACUCAACGCUCUUCCCCAUUUCUUGGUUCUCUACCGCACAAGUUCUGGAUCGUGGGCCGAGGUCUACCAUGUGGACUUGAAGGCUGCUAAGGUAUCAAAGGCUUACCAGCUGCCCUUCGUGUCAGGACCUUCCGUGGUCGCAACCAGCAGCAUCGAUGCCAAUGUGUACUUUACUCGCAUUACUGAUUCGGAGACUGUUGUGGUUUCUUCUGCAUCCCAUGGCGUUUUGGGACGUUGGGAUCUCGAGUUGAAAUCUUCUGAGCGUGCUUCAAAUGCCGCUGCAGAGGUUGUUGCGAAGGGCUCUGCCGUCGCUGUACGUGCUGCUAUCCUGCGCGACUCUGGCGAUUGGCAGCUCAUCCGAAACGGUCAAAUCGAGUGGAAUCGCCCCGAGGCUUUGAUUGACGCCGUGGCAGCCGCUUGGGUGGAUAACGAUGUACAGGAAGACCUGGUCCACGAGCUGGAGGUUGAGGGCCACGAAACAUUGCACGGAGCAUAUAUCCAUCGCGUGAAGCGCCAUGUGCGGGACCUCGAACACCUUCCCGCCUGGCUCACGGAGCUUCCUAGCCGUAUUCUUGGCAGCAUUCUCGGCGACGAGGUGACAAAUCUGGACAGCUUUGGAGUUGCAAAAUCUGUGAUCGUCGCUACUCAGAAGGGACGUGUCUAUGCCUUGGAUACUGGUAAGCAUGGUGCGGUUACCUGGUCCAUCCAGGCUGUUGAAACUUCCUCCUGGGAUGUCAAGGCUAUUGUGAUCGAAUCUGGCGAGGCGACCAUCUACCCCAGUGAUGGCAGCUCAAUCACACUCGAUGUCUCCACCGGUGCUAUCACGUCGCGCUCUUCGCCGAAGGAUGUUAAGUUCCAGUCGAUUGCCACCAUUGAGAACAAGGUUUUGGGUAUCCAGGAGGAUGGGACUCCCGCUUCCUCGUUUGACGAGAGCACUGGAUACCUGGUGACUACCAGUGCAGACGGCCGCGUUCUCGGCUGGGCCAACAGUGACAACAAGAUUCCCGUUUGGGAGUUUGUUCCUCCUGCGGGUCAAACGGUCCUUCAGGCUACGGCUCGUCCUGCCCAUGACCCGGUUGCGUCGAUCGGAAAGGUUCUCGGAGAUCGUUCUGUUCUGUACAAGUACCUCAACCCCAACUUGGUUUUGGUCUCUGCGGUGGAUACCAAGGGCCAUACUGCCGGCUUCUAUCUUCUGGAUGCUGUUUCGGGCAAGGUCUUGCACGAAGCUAUUCAAGUUGGCGUGGAUGCCAACCAACCCAUUUCGUCCACCAUCUCCGAGAACUGGUUCGCUUACUCGUUCUACGGCGACGCCACCGACGAAUCCUCCGCCAAGGGCUACCAGCUUGUGAUUUCCGAACUCUACGAGUCUGAUAUUCCCAACGAUCGUGGCCCUCUUGACGCCGCUGGAAACUACUCUAGCAUCCACGGCGACAGCCUUCCGCUCCCCCACGUGGUCUCGCAGUCCUUCGUGAUCCCCGAACCCAUCUCCCACAUGGCUGUCACCCAAACCCGUCAGGGAAUCACCACUCAGCAGCUCCUUUGCACCCUCCCAUUCUCCAACUCCAUCGUCGGUAUCCCUCGUCCGGUUCUGGACCCCCGUCGUCCCGUCGGCCGUGACGCCACGUCUUCCGAGGCCGAGGAAGGUCUGUUCCGCUACGCGCCGUUCCUCGACUUCGAUGGCAAGUGGUACCUCACGCACGCCCGUGAUGUCGCAGGUAUCAAGACUGUUCUUUCUCAGCCCACACUUUUGGAGAGUACCAGUCUCAUCUUCGCCUUUGGCGGCGAUAUCUUCGGCACUCGUGCCACUCCUAGCCAGGCAUUCGACAUUCUUGGCAAGAGCUUUUCCAAGUUGCAGCUUCUGUUGACCGUGGUGGCAUUGGCCGUCGGAGUCUCAUUCUUGGCGCCAAUGGUUCGCAAGAAGCAAGUCAACAUGUUGUGGAAGGCGUAA